UUAGAUUUCGAAAAGCAGAUACUGGCUCGAAUCGAACUUUCGCAGACGACAAGCGAUGUAUCUACGAUGGACGUAACGCAGACUAGUUUUUCACCGGUUUCUAAGACACCAAUCAACCUGUCGUCCGAUUCCCAACUUUUAUCGCCAGGUAUUUCUAAUGAGGUUAAUGGAAGCAAAUGUACCGGCCCUUUAUGUGCGUCUACGCCGAAAGGUAGAGAGCCGCAAAACGAAGUGGACGUGCGCGAAGACCUUAUGCCUCGGUCACCGAAAGACAUUGACAAAGAGGCAUGGGUCAACCUGCCACCAGACGUUCAGUGGGAAGUGAAGCAAAUGAUGAAGAAGAGAUCGACAGCAGUGGCGAUGGAACUUGUGCAAGACGGUGGUAGCCAGCUGCCUUACGGUGAUGCCGCAGUGGGGUCGAAACCAAAGAAGAGGACGAAAAGGAAGAGGAAUACAGAAGCUUCUGCGUCUUUUCAACCUGUUACAUUAGAAAAAUUCUUCAUUAGGUUCAGGUAA